AUGACUAAUAAGGAUGUGAAUAAAUUGUAUGAGAGUUACGCGGAGGACUUGAGAUCAUACUUGAACUGGGCUUUAAGUAAUUUAAACAAGUAUAAAAAUGAACUCAUCGAUAUCGGAUUCGUCAUCUACCUCGAAUUAUACGCCAAACUCUUCAAACUCUCCAAAUCUCACGGGAAAAACUAUUUAUUGGAGUUUAAGAAUGUGUUUGAUAAGAAGUUUGACAAUUACAUACAAAAGUUAUUGCAGUAUAAAUUCCUCGACCAGUUAGACGAAUUGUUCCUCAUCAACAUCGGAUACAAUAAAUCCAACAAAUACAUCAUCGUCAUCACCAAAAAUAGUAAGAGGGUGUUAUUGAACUGGUUGAGUAUAUAUUAUAAUAAUAUAAUAAAUGUGAUACUGCUGGAGAAGGUGGAGUUUAUAGACAGUGAAAUGUUCAACCACAACUCUUUUAACCUCUUUAAACGCUACUUCAUCCUCAAAUAUAACAUUAACCCCGACAACAUCAAUAAAUACUACAACCAACCUUUCCUAGGGUUGAUAGUGAAGGACACGAAUUACUUACUGGGUGAUGGUGAGUAUGUGUAUAGUGACCAGAAUAAGAAAGAAGAAAUAACAUACGGACUACCACACGAGUUAUUAUUCAGUACAGGCCGUGAAUUUGUGACUAAUGAGUACACCUACUCAAUCACUAAUGAGCUGUGUAAACUGGAGGAAUAUAAUAAACUCAUCCCACUGCCGAAGAUCGGCACACUGAUGAACGAUUCGCUGAGGUCUUUAUAUUAUAUACAAAAUUGUAACCGUAUCGUCCCGUCCAAUUUUAAUAAGAAAGUUAACCGCGUGAACAGUGUGAGUAGUGCGAAUAACACGGCGGAAACGGGGAACUCAGUAGCCGAUGGUGAUAACGGAAAUGCCUCCAACCUAAGUAAUGUCACAUUCAACGAACAAAAUGAUACACAAUCUGAUCUAACUAAUAAUACAGGAAAUGCUGUGGAUGAUGAGAAUAGGAUAGAGAGUGACGUAGUGUAUAUAUUAUCCUAUGGAAUAAGUAAUAAUAACCAGAUGAACUGCUGCACUUUAUCGUCUUUUGACGGGAAAUACAUCGCAAUCGGACAAAAUAAUGGAAUUAUUCUCCUAUACGAUUUGUUAACCUCGGAGUGUAACAAUGUGUACAAUGACAUAUCAUGUAUAAUUGGAAGUGGUAUAGCGUAUAAAUCUGUGAGUACUUUGAACCCGGCGUUUACGAAGUCAAAUUCCAACUCGAAUUCGAAUUACAACUCGACUUCGAAUAACUACGCUGAGGAGCAACAGGAUUACAAUUACUCAGCCCGUGACGAGGAUGAGGAGAAUAGUAACAUCAUUUACGGCCACGACGGCGUGGUAAACUGCGUUAAAUUUGGCGAAAACGGCCAAGUCCUGCUUUCCGCAGGGAAUGACGGGCUAAUUAAACUCUACACCACCAAUAAUAACUCCUGCAAAGCCAUUUACUACAAUACCGCCAAUACUCCCAAUAGUAAUAGCACUGUGGUUGGAGGGGUGAAUAGUGUGUUGAGAUUGGAUUAUGGAAAUUAUGGGUAUUACUUUAGCAGUUGUGAUGUGAAUGGGUAUUGUAAGCUCUGGUGUACAGAUCGCAGUUUCCCGUUAAGGAAUUAUAAACCUGUGAAUAACUCAUUUUACUACAACAGGUUUCACCCCAACUCUUCUCUCAUUACACUCCUUUCGUACAAUGAUAUUUUCACAAUUUAUGACCUCAAGACUAAUAAACUAGCGCUACAGUUUUGCUACAACACCCUCAACUUUGACGAGUUCCGCACCAUCCUCAAUGGAAAUACUAAUAGUAAUACUAAUAGUAAGAGUAAUCUGAGUAAUGUUAAGAGUAAUCUGGGAAAGAAUAAGAAGAGGGGAAAGAAUGUGUGUGGUAGUGUGGAUGGCAGGGGUAGGAUAAACUGGAGUAAGAACGGAAUGAUAUAUGGGAUAAGUAAGGAGAAUGUGAUUCUAUUGUACGACGUGAGGAACGGGAAAUUGCUCGAGAAGAUUGUGCACAAUUCUCACAUCUUAGACUUUGAUUUUUCCUACUCUACAAAUAUUAUCUCAGUUAUUGAUCAAAAUAACAUGUCAUUCUGGGCCUUUAAUAAUAUGAACAAGUACAUAUUGAAUUAUCAAGUGAGUGAGGAAGAGGAUUUGGAGCCGGUCAAAUUGAAAAAGAACUUAUUAAAGGCUUACAAAUUUAAUGACAUGAACCUGGUCCAUAACGCCUACACGCCUGAAAACGUACUACUCUCACUCGGAAUCUCAACUCUAUAA